UCCUCAUCACAACCCCUAACCCUCUCUCUCUCAAAAAGUCAGCCCUUUCUUUUGUCUUCUCUCUAUAACAUCAGUCGCAGAAGGAAGGUGUACAGAUUCACAGACCUUGUCUCUGAAGCCAUGGAGGAUAUUGAUUGGGAUCUUCAUGCUGUGGUCAGAGGCUGCACCACCUCUACCUCCACAUCCACCACAGCCACAACCACCAUCAACAGCAACAGCAACAGAAACGGCACUACGAGUGGUUAUAGAUCAGAUUAUUAUCCUCAAUAUUCUUGCUUUUCUGGUUUUGGCAGUGAGCAAGUUGGCCAUCUUUUCUCUCAUCCAGAUCCCUUUGAAACAAGAAAUGUUAUUGGAGAACUGGAUGAGCUUUACAAGCCAUUUUUCCCCAAAACUCAGCCCCUCCUUUAUUCUCCACAAGCCUGCACACCUAUCUCUUCGUUUUCUUCGUUUGCCAGUUUUAACAAGGAUUUACAAACCCAGCCAAAACAACAGCAAAAAAAGUCACAGCCUAAGCAGUCUCUUGCCGGUUCUGUGACUAGCAGUGGAAAUUCUCACACACCUCGAUCCAAAAGAAGAAAGAACCAGUUAAAGAAAGUAUGCCAAGUACCAGCAGAGGCUCUAUCUUCAGAUGUGUGGGCAUGGCGUAAAUAUGGGCAAAAACCAAUCAAAGGCUCUCCAUAUCCAAGGGGCUAUUACAGAUGCAGCAGCUCAAAAGGGUGUUUGGCCCGGAAACAAGUGGAGAGAAACAGAUCCGACCCAGGAAUGUUCAUAGUGACGUACACAGCAGAGCACAACCACCCUGCCCCUACACACAGAAACUCUCUAGCAGGUAGCACGCGUCAGAAGACCUCAACACCACAAGCUGGUACAUCUAACGAUUCUAACAAACCAUCAUCGCCAGCCCAACCCACUUGCUCAUCUCCAGCAACUUCCCUGGAAGAUGAGCUACUAGUUCAAAGUACUACGGACACAGAAUUAAGCAGAGAAGAGAAAGAUAUAACGGAAGACGACGAUGAAGAUGAGCUUGCUGGAUUCUCAGAGAUAGCUGUUAGUGAUGAUUUCUUUGCGGGUUUGGAGGAAUUUGUUGUUCCGGCUACCGGAUUUUUCUCUGAUCAUUUUCCUGCAAGUUUUGGUCUGCCUUGGCAUGCUAACAAUAAUGCUGCCACGGCAGCCGGAAGUAUCUGACAUUAGCUAAGAAUAGCAUCUCCUACAUUGGCCUUGAGCUUUUCCUUUCUUUUCCCGUUAUGUAUACACUUGUAUCAUUUUACUAGAAGUAGGAUCUCGAAGACAUCAAUGCCUUGUGCCUGUGAAGUGAAUGGUGUAGGCAAAAAGGAAAGAGUUUAUUCCUUUUGUUGAUCUGUAGAUUGUUAGUAAAAUUAGAAUUAGUUUGUUCA